AUGCCGCAACCAUACGAAACGAAGCCAUUGCCAACACUAUUCCUGAUCGUAAUCUUCGCUCUUGAGUUAGGUGUUGCCUUCCUUCAAGCUGCUUUUAUCGUGCUUGAGCAUAUCCUGCCCGGGUUCGACAAGAAGAAUACCCCCCGCAAAGAGUUGCUUCUUUCACGCCUUUGUUCCAAUGAUGAAUUGAAAAAUCAUUAUGUUCCAAAGCGAUGUGAA